CUCGAUUUGCGAGCUCACAGCGGAACAAAACCCUUUGCUAGUUCUCCUGCCGUGGGGUGCACUACUAUUUUAGCUGUUCAACCAAGACCUUCUUAGUUCUGCUGUUGGCUUCACUUUUAUCUACUUGCCAAACAGAGACGGCUUCCGCUUGUUACUAGCUAUCGGUCCCCGGUGUAAUUAUCAUCUGUAGGGUGGAAAUGUAGAGAAACGGAACGGCACUGGAAACAUAACAGUCACCAAGCGGAAACGAGACAGUAACGUUAGUGAAGACAGUGCGGCGACGAACAAACACCAGUGAGCGGUGGUGUGGGGAUUUGUCGGCCGUGCUGACUACCUGUCGAGUCAAGGUCCUGUCGUCCACACUACACACUGCGGUAGCGAGGCAAGUGGACGUUCACCGGUACACGCGGGCAGACGUGACGUCAAACACUCGAGAGGGGAUAGGGAGAGGAAAUCACGUAUGGCUAUGAACUCGUUGUGGAAGACUAAAAGUGUCCCCAAGCAGGUAGACUAUCCACUUCCACGAGAAUGGGAGUCGCAGACUAAAGACGUGGAAUUGAAGCAGGUAAAGCCCAGCAGUCAUGAGUACCAACAAGCUGAGCGUCUGCUGCACAAAACCCUACCCAAAGUCAGGUUGUUGAACAUUCUACGUAUUCAAAACAAAUACCUGUGGAGGAGGUAUAACCAGACCAGAGAGAAUAUUCACAGAAAACUAGGAAAGCAUGUUGAAGAGAAAUUGCUAUUCCAUGGAAGUGGUGGUGUCGAACCGGAGAAGAUCUAUAAAAGUGAGACGGGAUUCGACAUACGCACCUGUCCUGUCGGUCUCUGGGGUCAGGCUCUUUACUUCUUCGAGCAGGCAUCAGAUUGUGACAGUUGCAAGUACAGCAGCUCUGCUACUUCACAAAUAUUUCUUGUCAAGACUCUGACGGGAGAUUGCAUAGCAAUUCCGCCGGCCCCAAGCUGCGACUUCCGCCGGUCAAGAACCGAUGCUCACUCCAGUAUACUAGGCAACAACACCAUCGACAACAAGAAGUGUGACAGCAGCCAAGACCGCCGCCGCCGCCGGAGAGCAGAACAAAACGAAGAAGACAACAACAAGCGCCACCACACGGAGAGGGAGUGA